AGGCUUCCCCAGAGGGCGCCCUUGCUGAUUGACAGCUGAUGAGCUGAGGGGGUUCCCCAGUUAAUUUCCGGGAAACCCCAUUCGCGAUUUCCAAAUGGUUCGAAUCUUGCUCAAAUUCGACAGGUCUAAACAGGUACAGAUACCGAUAUUGUAAGGACUUCCAUUUGUGGCCGGCCGGGUGAUCCAAAGAACCAUGGAUAAACAACCUAAAGCAGCCCCCUCAGCCGCAACAGGUUCCCAACAACCAACUGGAAACAUCGGAAACAUGGGCACAGUCAGCGGUAGCAACAAUCCUAUCAUUGUUGGUGCAAGUGGAGUUAGUAUCACUAAUUACAACUACCCGAUGCAGGGACCAGGAGCGCCUACACCCGGACCUCAACAGACACCAGGCCAAGAACCAAAAGUAGCACGUUUAGAUGACAAAACUCUGCACGAGGUCGCUGAGAGGCUUUCUGCAAAAUGGACAACACUGGCAGUUAAGGAGCUGGGCUUUUCCACCACACAGGUUGAGACCAUCGAGAACAAAUUUCAAAAUAAUUAUAUAAGGCAGGGUCUCGAUAUGCUUGUAUCAUGGAAACAGGCCCAGUCCUCCAGUGAUAAACAACAGGUGACCACGUUGUGCACAGCAUUGAAGAACAUCGGAAGAGAAGAUAUUGCCAAAUUUCUGCAGGGUUAAUACAGGCACAACAGCAACAGAAAUCCAGCCUAUGUCUCCCGCCGAGUCUACAGUUCCCGACAAGUUCCAGCUAAGUCACCAUCAAUCCAGCCAGGCCAAGUCCAACCAAGUCCAGACUACAAACUCCCAAUCAAGAUAGGCUGCUGAAAUACAUGUACUAGUUUUCUCUUAAGAUUUAUUGCAUUACUUUAGUUUACGUAUCAUUUUGAAAUAUAGAUAUUUUUUUUUUGGGUGAGAACACUGAUAUGCUAUACAGCUUGUGAAUUUUUUGUUUUCGUUAUUUAGCUGGAAAAGAAUAAAAUCUCAAUAGCAAACUUAAACAAAGGCGUAAAAUAGUUAAAAAAUAAUUCUAUAGGCACGUGCUCAUUAUCAAAUCAUGCCCGCUACAUAAUUGGUGCCUGAUGUGUGGUUUACGCUGUAUUUUUCUAUCAAAUGUUAACAUUCGCACACACCUUUGAACAGCAAAGUAGCAAAGCCCACAAAUUCUAUUUGAUAUUGUUCAUUUUCCAUAUUGCAUUGCCAUUCCUUUUACUGAAAUAAGUAUCUUUGUGGAGACAACUUUUUGUUCUCGUGUACUAAAAUUUGUGAAAAUCUAGUUUCAAAAUUCUACUUUUACCAGAAUAAAUUUUUAAGCUAAAAUUUGGACCAAAUAUAAAAUCAUUCAAUUUCAUUAUGAUGUAAUUUUAUAUUUUGAUGUAACUCUUAUUUUUGAAAUAAAUUGAAAUUUUUUCACUUU